AUACCAGGCAUUAUGCUCACUUUAUUAAAAAUUACUAUGAAAAUAAAUUUGAAAUAAUAUACUCACUUUUUUUUUUUAAAGAUGGUUCACAGUGUACGCCGCCUCCUUUCUUAUCUCUGGUCAGAUUUCUGGUCUAAACUAGUCCCUUUUGAUGAUGUAUCCUUUCCUCUGUAGAAAAGAACUAUUUCAAAAAGCAAAAUGAAAAAAAACUUGAAAAAAAAUCAAGAGAAUAAUUUUAUUGCCCAAAAACAUAAAAAAAAAAAAAAGAAUAAAGAUCUUUUUUUUUUUUUUUUGUGAAGCUUCUCUAUCUCCUCUUCGCUGGUCUGGUCUGUCAUGGUCUGUUUUUGUCCUGGUGUCUGUAGGGUUUACAAUGUAUGCUGUCCCCUUAGCUUGUCUCUGGUCUGAUCUCUUCUCCCUAAAAUUUAAAUGAUGGAUAAAUUAAGACAUCUCAUCUGCUGAUAAGAACAAAAACAAUUCACAUGUUCAUAAUGUCUGACGCACCUCUCAGACAAUCAGAAUGUAAUGGAAAAUGGAAUAAAUAUAGACCUUUUUUUUGAUAAAGGUUCACUGGCUCCUCUGUUCUGCGCAGGUCUGGUUUGUUCCAGUCUUGGGGCUCUAUUUUCACGGUGGCGGACCCCGUGCAGUGGUUUUUUCAUCUGGCGGAGCCCGGUGUACAGCCAGUUUGGUAUUUUCAUGAACUGAGGCACACCGAGGUCCGCCAAGCUGGGUGUGGUGGCAUGGCAGAGGGUCUGGUGGUAUUUUGGUAGACUGGCGGCGUAUGUAUACGUCACUGAUGCCUCAUCAGCAGGUUUUUCACAGUUUCAGGCACAUUUCAGUGCAAUAAAUAAUCAACAACAACUGAUAAUCUGAGUCGGCACAUACAUUUAGAUCUAUAUCGAUAUAUUCUGAUCUAUAUCUGAUCUGAUGAGCGCGUUUGGCACGCGUUUGGACACUCAACCUGUCCGAAAUACCACAGCUGAAAAUUAAAUUAAAUAUCUAGUAAAUAGACACACAUGAUGAAGUUAACAAGAUAUGUAAUUCGUCUCCCCCCUUUUCUUUCUGACUUUGAAAAGAUGCAUUUAAAGGGGGCUAUGAUAGUGACUGCUCAGAUUGAAAGUAUCUAGGUGAAACAGGCCAUUUGCUUGCUAGACCUGCUCAAAGGUGAAGUGAAUCUGAUCCAUCUGGAAGAUGAGGAAGAUUUUAACUUGACAGUCCAGACCUACUUCCAGACCCUCUCUGUCCCCCUCAAUGGCCCUACUCUAUCACCUCUCACUCCUGCAGCAUUUAAUGAUGAAAGAAAACCCAUCACCAUGACUUGGCGAGUCUCCCAGGAUGUCCAGCCAGAAUGCCCUAAGGAAAAUGAGACCCUAAAAUGCCAUAAAAAAACAGAAAAAUCCCUUGAUGCUGGUGAGUCUCCCACAGGACCAAGCCAUAGAAGAAGCUGCCCAGAGGUUACUGAUACCCUGAAACACAAUAAAAAUCAGAAAAGUCCUUCCAAAAUAAACAAUACAGGUGCAGGGCUUUUGAAAGAUCACAACAACCAGCCAUAUCCAAUAUACCAGAUUUUGUGACCUAUGGCCCAACUGCAGCAAGUUGCAACAUACAACCAAUAAAUGGGCUGCAUAGAUCUCCACGUUCUUCAGGUGUCAAGAUACAGAUCUGCAGUAAGGUCAAAAAGUGGUGGUGGCCAGUCCUGACUUGGUCUUUUCCUGGUGUUAUGGUAAACAGCAGGCUGUUCUUCAGAGAUGUUGUUGGCAGAGACUAUGGCCUCCUGACCUUUCAGUGGGUUUUGUUGAAGAAAUUGUGUAGAUUUCGACUAUAGUGGCAACAAUUGUUGCCGAGUAUAUAACAUAAUUUUUCACUAACAUAACCAACUUGAAAUGAAGGGAGGUCUAAGAAAUAAAAUGCACUUUUUUUCCAGGGAAAAAUUUGGGAUUAAACUAUUUUGCAUUCAGCCUUAAAGGUUGUAAAAAUUCAGCAACAACAUGCACCUGAAGAGCAUGCUCAAACAUGCUCUUUUGGUAUAUUCACUCUGGAACUUGUUAAAACCCUGCUGAAAGUAGGGAAAAAUAGUCAAUUAACCAACUCCAUGUCUAAUGCCAUCUAACUAAAACCUUGAUGGCUAGCUUUCUAGACUAGGACUAGGACUUAAUUUUUUACGGUAUUUUGUGGUUUUAGUGCUGCAGUAAACAAUUUAUAAACCAGUCUUCCGUCUGACCCCGUCUCUGCCCUGCCUUUUCUUUAGACACAUUGGAUUGACAUGGUAUGUGACGUGCAGCACACAUGGCUAUAAGAGGCUGUCAGGAGCUCACACUGAGCCUCAGCAGCUUGUUAUAGCACAGCUCACUGAAAAAUGGCCGCUGCAGUCUGAAUAGAUUUGUAACAAACAACUUCUCUCCUUUUCUUCCAUGACAAACUAAUAACAGCUUUCUCGUUACAACAUGACAAACACAGUUUGGACUAAAGAGUAAGGGGGGCGUGACAGCAGGUUUGUGUUGACCCUGUGCAUGUCCUGAAAGGGGCGUUGUAUUUUGCGGCGAGCAAUCAAAUUUCUCAUAAAGUUAACCAUCGAUACGCCGGAAAUACGGCCUACGGUACUUUCACAAUAAUGGACUAUUAAGUGGCGUUUUUAAAAUAUUUUUUUAUUUUUAUUUUUUACCUUCAGAUGGAAACAGGUUGCCAGAUAAAUGAAACAGCUGUAGAUAAAUGUGUUUGAUUUAAAUCAUUAGAAUCACUCCUUUUCAAAUUUCAAUAUACUUUGUAUACAACACAUUUAUAUGCCAGAUAACCUUAGCAAUAUGUACACUACAGGCCAAAAAGUUUGGAAGCAAGGCCAUUACAUGCCGAACAGUUGGGAGUAACUUCAAGUUUUUGUUCACAAUGCUUUUUGUUUUUUAAAAUCCAGCAUGAGUUUUAUUUAUUUUGGGAUGUAUUUACUCCAUGAUCAGAUGUUGCUUUCAUGGAAAUGCACCAUUUUACUCCAUUUACCUUUAGAUAUACAUGGAUGUUAACAGACCUUCGCUAAAUAUAUGUCAGCAAAAGAUAAUAAGGGCUUAGUUUUAGGGUUGAAAACAUUUGCAAGAGUCACAACUUCAGUGCAAAAGCAAAAAAACAAAUCACAGUUGGAUUUUUCACUUUAACUUUUUCACUUUUGAGAGUCUGCAUACAAAAAUCCUAAUAGAUGUCAACUGCGUUCAAACUGCGUAAUUUGUAAGGGGGGGCUCAGCUUUAGGCAAUCAGACAAAAAAGUUUCUUUUAAAAAAUGGUAAAGGUGUAGCCACUUACCCAAACUGUAUUCAACAACCAAAAUUGACAAUGAGAUAAUCUGUUCUGACCUCCAAAUGCUACAGAAGCCCUGGGUGGUCUUGACAUGAAUCAUACAAUUUAUUGACUAUGUUUCAUGGGGUAUCAAUUUUAUUGUAUUGUUUUCUCAAGAUCUCACUUUAACAUUGGAGGAUCACAUCUUACGCCAUCAACACUGUGAAAGCACAAUAUAAAUGUAGAAAUAAUUUGUGUGUGGGCAAUAGCAGCAUGGCAUGCUGUGGUCUGUCCCACUCUUGCAAUAUUUUGUGUGAUGAAAAGAAACUGUAAUUAUGAGAAAAAAAAAAACAUUGUUAUCCAACCUCAAAAUAAGUAGAUAAACGUCACUAUAAUGAGAAAACCAGCGUUGACAAAAAUGGCAAGGAACGAUAAGUUAAGAUCCCAUGAAAACAACUAGAAAACAACUCACAGGAUAACCAUGCAAAUGAAAUGUGUGUACUUACGUGUGACUGUGGAAUAUGAAAACAGCAUGAAUGUUUUUACUCACCAAAAUUCAAGCGAUAUUAUUCAAGCUUUUAUUUUGUUAAAUCUUGCCGGAUGCGUGUUCUUCUGUUGCUUAUUUUCACGGCUGUAUUUAGAGGCUUUCGCUGUAUUUACCGUGGCUUUGCUGAAUAGCUUUAUGUAACAGUAAUGCCUUCACUACAAACAAGACAAGUCUUUGAGUCUAUCUUUGAAUGAAAUAUAUCAGGGCUGGAAACAUGUGUUUAUCUAAGGCUUAGUCGUUCAUUUAAUUGUUAAAAGUGGACCAGAGGAGUGUCGGUACUAUCGCCGUGUUUGGGUUAUCUAAAUAGUUCUUUUGCACUUUGCGCAUUUUUAUCGCCUUAAUAAAUAUAUCCUUCUGUUUGUGCAAAGGGAAAUAAAAAAAGAGUCAAACUGCAAUGGUGGAGGACAGAGAGACUCAGGACAUUCAGUACCUUUUAGCAACGACCCGUCAGCCCUUCACACCACCAAAGACACACUAGUCAGCUCAUAGUUGAGUCUAGGACAUAUCCGUUUAUUUUUUUAUUUUAGAAACCAUGGCUGCUGCUUUGUUCAGAAGAGGGACAGGACUGUGUAUCAGGGUAAGUCAACUUACUUGUCUGUCUAUGUUUAGUUACAAGCAGACUUUGGGGUAAUGAAAUAAAAGUGUGUAAAAGUAGUUCCACCUUAUUAAAAGUUUAGUGAUAUUUAUGUGAACCUCUAAAGGUUAACUUGUCUUUCACCUCUAAGAGCACAAAGUCACUUGAUUAAAAAAUUGACUCAGCAUAGGAUGGCAGCACCACUGAUUGAGAUGGACUGGGGCUGGUGGAGAGUUUUGACCUCAUGUUGCUAUUUUUCAGGAUCAAAACAGCCCUUUAUUGGGUGCUUGGGCCACCCGAUUCAAUACCUUUUUUUCUCCCCUUGGGCCAUAUGAGCUUUUACUCCAGUAAACAAUGAAUGACCCCUGCACGCAGCGUGACUUCUGACUGCCAUCUCUAUUUGGCACAAUUGAUGAAAUUUCUGCAGUUACAUAGUUUUAGUCAUGACAGUGAGAAAAGAAAACUUUUUCCUUUCCAUCUGUAGUAUAUCAUUAUGUAUUCUGUUCUCCUUCCAUCAACACAUGGCUUCUGGAUUACAUUAACCUUUUCACCCUGACAUUAACCUUAUACACAUUAGCACCAUAGGGUCAUUAAACUCAGUGAUGUGCCAAUGCCAUAUUGACCUAUGAUGGCCCGAUUUUAACCCAGUGCACAUACUGUGGUGAUUCAGUUUUUACUCCGCUUACCCUAUAUGGACUAGCUUGAUUGAUCUGACACCCAUGGUUCUAAACAUCUGUUCAGUGUUUCUCACAUACACACUGGAGUCUACCUCAAAAUCACAUGUGUACAAUACAAUCAACUAAACCAUCAAGGGUCAUUAGUGGAUCGCUUUAAUUUUGAAGUCUGACAAGUGUUGUGAAGAUAUACUGCAGCAUCCCAUAACUUGAUUUCAUGUGUGUGUUUGUGUGUCCAGUGUGUUCACAGAGAGUUGUGCAGACUUGUGUGGAGGCCACAGACUGCUCUGCUCAGCACCAAAGCGUCAGACAAGAAACAACCACGCAGAACACACAUUAGUAAGACAUAUACACUUUACUGCAUUGAUUUCUCGUUCGUGUUUUACUCAUAAUUGUUAUAGUCUUCAAUUUGUUGAUCAUUUUCAGUUGAGAAUAGUGAAUAAAGGUUAAGAAAUGGCAUAGGUCUAUGUUGGAUGGAUGAAUGUUAACAAAUACUGACACUUUAGUACCAACGUAUGUUAAUACAGACCUCUGCUGGAGUCACUUCAGAUUGAUUUGUCUUCUGAUAACAGAAAAAGCCAAACCCCAGCCGGCUCUGGAUGUCGCCAAACUCCUGGAGCAACUUUACUCACAGCGCAGACCUGGCACUGUGUCCCCUGUUGGGAAAGGUUAGCAACACAUAGAAUUUGAAUUUGACUUAUUAACCCUGUUUUUCUUAACCAGGUUAAAGGUACUUUUUGGCAUCUUAUUGGACUUUUGAGUUGCCUGUUGCCAACAUUUGUAUAAUUAUAGAUACAAUGUUGUUGUAAGAUAAGAUAUAAGUUUUGUGGACUGAAAUGCACAACAGAAUACUGCAAGGCAAAUCUGAUUGCAAGUGACCGCAAACAUGCUCCUAGUUUAUUGGGAGGAUGAUUAUUUUGUACCAGAUGUUUUAAACUACUGUUUUCUUCUUCAUCUGUCAUGUGUGCAUUAGCUGUAUUUUUUUUUAUCCCUUUACAUCCUUUUUUUCUUCACUCAGCAGAUUGCUGUUCAACAUGAGUUCAGUUCUGCUACAGGUUUCUGUUUGUUAAAGGCAGUUUGUCCUUGCAACUGUAACUCACUAAAUUCUGUAAAGUACUCAGCUUGUGGUCGAUAUGAUACAAUAUGAUAUGAUGUGAUACACUGAAAUAUUUCCUUUGGAAAAUUGGUCUUGGACUUAACUGCCUCUAAAAGAGUACCAACAUAUCAAACAAUAAAUACAUAAAAGAAGAAAGGAUGAGAUUAAAUCUUGUCGUUUCCUGGUGUUGGAUCUUUGUUCACAAUAUAGUCUAAGAGUUUGAUCUAAGCCUACUGUUUCUGUACAGCAUAUUAAGACAACAUUUGUUGUGAUCUUGCACUUCAUGACUGAAGAUUGAUUGAUUGGUUUUCCUCUUACAGCUCGACUAGCCAAAGCCUCUUCCACACCUCUGUCAUCCCUCACUGCUGCUCCUGUGGGACCACUAAAAGAUGCUGCCGUUAGAGAUCCAGUGGAAGCCAAAGUAGACACAGCUGAAGAAGCCCAAACCAAAAACACAGACUCAGUGGGGAUUGAUGUCUCACAUACUGCCAAAGAUGUACCUUUAAUGGAAAUAACUCAAGACUCACCAGCAGAAGCGGAUACUUUUCCAUUUGAAACAAGAACUGCUGUUAAUGAGGGUCCAGUAGAGCCUAACAACAAGCCAGAAGAUUUAGCAGCUGAAACCAUUAGCACGGACUCAAAUGUGGUCAACAUUUCACAAGCAGCAGCAUCAGAAGCCUUCUUAGAAACUUCGGCAGGGUCUACAGUAGAUACAAAAGAAGAUUCUCCAGCUCAAAAAACACUGAUUGAAAGCACAGACUCAGGUCCGAUAAGCCUUUCAAGCUCUGUUGAAGAAGAACCUUUAAUUGAAACAACAACAGAACCAUCAGGAAAGGUCAAUACCUCACCUCAGGAAGCAUUAGAGAAUGAAACUGUAGCAGAUGCAGCAGCUCCUGCUGUGCAAAACAACAGCACAGAGUCAGGUUCAUUGAGCACCUCAGAAGAAACCAUUGCAGAGCCAGCAUUUGAAACAGGUACCUCUCCUCAGGAAACAUCAGACAGUAGUGCUGCUGUUACUGACUUUCCAUUAGAAACCAAAGUCAAUGAAGCAGUAGAUUGUGGAGCUCAAUCAGUACAAACCAAGAUAGCAGACUCGGAUUCUUUUAGCAUCUCACAUAAAGAAGGAGAGUCCUCAAUAGACACAAAAAUAGAACCAUCAAUAGAGGCCAGUACCUCCGUGCUGGAAACUGUUGAAAAUAAUUUGGAAGUUACAAAAGGACCAGAGGAAACUACAAUAGAAAACGUAUCAGAUAAAGAAGCUAAAGCUGUUGAAGCUAACAGCCCAGACUCAGGAGUUGUUCACAUAUCAGUCAAUGCCAAAGAAGAACCUUUAAUAGAGAUAACAACAGAGCCUGUAGUGGAGGCUGGAGCAUCUCCUGAGAGUGGAGCUGAGCUUUCAGAGAGUGAAGUAGAGCCCAUAUCAGAAAGUAAAGCUGCUGACAACCUUUCACACAUCACCUUACUCCAAAGUGUUCAAGAAUCUGCACCAGUCGCCUUGGAGGACAAAGUAGACUCUAUAAUACAGUCACCUUCAGAGCAUGUCGCUGCGCCUGAAGAAGUGGAAAAAACUGAACAAAUGACGCUGGAGUCAGUAACACUUCACGGAGUACGGGUUCAGGUUGAAUCAUUUGAAACUGAAGAGCUCACACAAACAAAUGCUUUUCUUGAUGGGAAAGCAGAACAAGAACUCCAGGAGAUUGUAGUCCAGGCAGGGAGUGGAGCUGAAAGUAGAGCUGUGACCGAAACAGAAAACUCUUCUGAAAUUGAGGAUGAGGGAAAAAAUCUAAGUGAAGUUCUGUCAGAAUGGGACUCAUUGUCUGAGGAGCUUCAACAGUUGGAAGGAGAAAGUGGUAUGUUAGUGAAAGAGCUUCUCUUUCAUGUACCUACAGCAAUUUCCAAAACUCCUGAUUUGACUCCCGAACCACUUCCGAGAGCAAACGAAGACCCUGUGCCCACACAGGAGGAGGAAAUCGAAGCAGAGGCCAUGACGCUGGAAUCAGUAUCCCUUGCUAAUGUAAAAGCUGAAGUAAGAGGUCUUGAUACUGAAGUUCUCCUGGAGACAAGGAAUGAGCUUGAGAAAGAAGCUGAGGUUCUUGCAAAGGGGGAGAAAGUGGAAGUGUCAAUCAAGGAAGAGGGAGAAGAGGAUGCUGGUUCUGAUGGCAUAACAGAGGCUCACCUUUUAUCACUAGAUUCUAUUUCUGAAGCUACUGAUGCAAUCGAAGCUGAGACAUCUGUUAUUUUAGAGGCCAUGUUUGGUUCUGAGCAAGGACAAAGGCAGCCACCUGAAACUACACUUGACCAGGAACUGAAGCAACAGGAUGAGCUGAUCAGUCAGGAAGCAGAAAAAGAGUCUGGGGAACAGGAAAAGGGUAUCUUAGAGGCCAUGACUCUGGAGUCUGUGACUUUAGCUGAAGUAGAGGCAUUGUUGGGAAAUCUAGAGAGUGACUUUCUAAGUGAGGCUUCAAAUUACCUGGAGAGAGAAGCUGAAGUUCUUGCCAAUGAAGAAAAGAUGGCAGUUGAAAAAGAGGAGGAGCCUGAAGAAGCCGAGGCUCUGAACAUUGAGUCUCUGUCUCUGCCAGAAGAUGAAGUUCUGCAGGUUGAUGCUCUGGUGGAGGAGCUGCUCUUUUCUGUCCCUGGGCCUGUUAAAGGUGUAACUGAAGGCUCGAUUGAAAAGGAGGCUGCAAGAGCUAAUAUAUCUGAUGGUAAGUUUGAGUCCAGUCACAGAAGAAAUGUUUAUCACAAAGUUUGGAGAAAUAGUUUGCCACCUUGAGACAAAUUAGAGCUAGAUGAAGAAAUAGACACCACCCUCAAGGUUAUGUAAUAAGUGUUCAGCUUUGUCCUGAGGCGAUGAGUUUAGCGUGACAUUCAGACUGGCAGCAGAAAAAAGGUUGUUUUCCUAUCUCUAAAUAUUGAAAACACUCUACCAAUAGCUGCAAUACAUACAUUUUAACUUUUGCCCCAUGAACAACGGCAAUGUAAAAAAUGAGAAUUGUUAUUUUUGUUCUCUAAGCUGCAGUGAUUCAUGGUGACAUAACGCUGGGACGGAUUAACUGAGAUUCUUCAAGAAAUUGUGACUACAUUUUUCGCCAUUCUGCUUUUGUAGAUUGAAAAAAAAUAUUUGUUCACUCCUAAGAGAGGGCAAAGCUCGCUGUUCCCUUUUGAUUCAAGUCUAUAAAUUAAGUUUAUCAUCUCCAGAAAGCUAAGAAAUGUUUUUAUGGUUUUAUUUAUAGUUUGUUGUUGUUGAAGGAUUAGAUGCUCCGGAAAGUGUUAUCAGCUCUUGCCCUGCAGACCCGUUUUUGUCAUUUUCAGAGGUUGUUGCCACAGCAACUGCUGCCACUGGGUCAGACGAUGUUGAAACACUGGCUGAGAUGGCAGAUGAUAUUUCAGCUUCUGCUCCAAGUGAGAUGCUGCAAGGACAGGAGGAGGAGAAGGUGGAGAGUGCACAGGCUGAAGACUUGGAGGAUGUUGCUGAAGUGGGGACACAAACAGGUAUACACAUGCAAGUGAUUGGAUCAUAUAUGACAGUUCUGCAGCUUAUAAAUGUUGUACAGCCCCAAAGUUAAGUGCCGCUGAAGAAGAAGGUAAGUUUAAGGUGUUGUGUCUGUCUUCUUUACACCAGAUACUGUUUUCCUACACUGUAGCCUUCUCUUUUAUCUAAAUGGUUUCCUGCUAGGUUAACUACAUCGAGAGAAAAAAAAGGCAUUUUAUAGUUCCAGGCAAAAAGCCUGAGGUGACAGCCUCCAUCCAGCUUCAUCGUAACACUUCCUCUGCCUCUCCUCAUUACUGAUGAUCUCUUUAGAGCGCCAUGUUUCUCUAGUUACGACAUGACAAAUGGGGCAAUAACCAGGCCACAAUCUCCAGUGUUGAAAAAUGAAGCCAAUGCAGAAGUGAAGUAUUGUCGGAGGGGCAUUUAUUUUUAUUUAGAAUACUUAAGACUGAACAGUUUGCAGAUUCAUAGUGGCCUCACUCAGCCAAAGCAUUUCAUAGACAAACUUUUAUGCCAUGAACUUUGACUAUGAACUUCCUUUUCAUACUGUUCCUCUGCAAGGUGGUUGAGUGGUGCAGAGGAGUGUUGUCAGGUGUUGACUUUGGGUUUGAAUACUUUUGUUUUUACGCCUUUUUUUCAGUUUUAGAUCCAGUACAGAGACUCUUCCUGGAGAAGAUCAGGGAAUACAGCAACAUGCGCAGGUUGGUAGAAUCAUAAAAUGUUUAGUGGGCUGCAGGGGCUGCGUGAUCACAGACAACAUCUCGGUACUAUUUAGUAGCAGCGCACGCCCCUUGUAAUAACCUCCGUAAAAACUGUUGUUCAGGACUGCUUACUUGUGCUUCCUACCCAUUCGGCUACUGUAAUAACUGUUGUUCUCGCCUACAUGCAACAUUUUUGUUCUCAUUCAUGAAACACUAAAAUCCAGAACAUUUUCGGGGACAGCUUUUGCCAGGGACAGGUCGUCCAAUUCGGGGACUGUCCCCCGAAAUCGGGAGCGUCUGGUCACCUUACUGUAAAAUUGCUCACAGGUUUGAGUGCAUCUGGUUGUUUUUCUCUGUAUUUCUUAGCUCUGUGAUGUUUCAGUGACCUGUCCAUAGUGGGCCCUGCCUUUAACCCAAUGGCACCCAGAAUUGGCUCCAGCCCCAACAGUAGGGGUGUAGAUAUCAGGGGGAUGGACAGGUGUAGUUUCACUGCUCAUGAAAAACAAAUAAGACUGGGAGUUCAGGUCCAUCCUUCUGUCAGAUAUACUGGAGAUAUUCCAAAUAAGCUAAAGAACUUGUCUCUACUAUGAUAAUUAUUUAGAAGAAACAAAGUGCAACAUCAUGUACUGGAAGACAUCUCAACACUUCAGUUGACAGGAUGGCUUCCACAUCUUUUAAGAUUUUUUCUCAUAUUCCAUCUCUUCUUGUCUCUUCUAAGAUUAAAUGGAGGGCCGCUUAAGGCAGAGCCAGAUUAUGAGAAACGCCUGUCAGAGGAGACAGCAAAGCUUCGGAGACUUUAUGGAGGAGGAGACCUGAGCAGUUUCCCAGAGUUCACAUUUGCUGGUGAGAGAAAGACAACAGACUUUUUGAUGACUUCAUAAGCAACAUUGUGCAACACCUCAAAGUAAACCAAGGACAUAGUAUUUGUUUAAGGAGGUUAUGAUUGAAUGAAUAGAACACAAAUAUUUGAGAUGCAGGGAAACUGAUAAAAAAAACAAACAGUACUGCUUUUAGGAGAUAUAGUAUAUACAGUAUGCUGAGAGGAUAAACUUUUCUUAAGAAAUCAUAAAAUUAUUUAGUGCCCAGAAGAUAAAGAAUUUACAUUCCUGAAAGAAUAGUUUAUGACAUAAUGUGAUUUUAUCCACUCAUAAACAUGAAUUGAUUUACUAUGUUUGAAAAAAGAAACUGAUUACACCUGUUUUUUUUUUUUUAAAGCUAAGUCAGUCUGACUCCAUGUGACUGAUUAUAUCUGGAGCGUUUUACAGUCACAAAAUUUUGGAUCAGUCAGACCAUCCAUGACAAUAAAAUGUGACUGAUGCAUUUGCUUCAACUUUAGCGCAAUGGGGGAAAAACCGAAGUCACCCCUGUGAUGCAUUGCUUUAAUAACCUUGUUUGUGUAUUACAUUCUGUAUGAUAAUCCAAUUACGCAUGGAGAUUUAAUUGUAUUUUUACCUCUGGAACAUGAUGUUUCAGCUCUACGGCACUACAACAGAUUAAUUUUUGUGUCUGAACUCAGAGUAUAUAGUGUGUUAAUCUCACAUACUCAAGAAAUUAUUUCUGCUGUUUUCUCUGCAGAACCUGAAAUCGACAAGGAAUCCAAAUGAUCCACGAUGCCUACCUCCUAUGUUAAAUCUCCUCCUGUAACCCCUUCUCCUUUUUCCUUUCGUCUCCUCAUUGCUCUCUUGUUUGACUACAUGGAGCAGGAAAGAGAAAAGGCAAUAGUAUUAGCAGUUUGGGCGAGCUGCCGUGAAAAUAUGGGAAAAUGUAUUUGCUGUUUAUUUGGACUAUGCAAUAAUAAUUGAAGCACAUUUAUUUUAUUAAAUGACACCUUUAAAAAAAA